AGAGAAUCUUUGUUCCUGAAACUUUCAGAGUCUCUUUCCACAGAGUUCUUUCCACAUGUUGAUGGAGAAGAGACAUGAAGAAGUGGAUUUUGCAUAGUACGUGAUUGAAGGAUUUAGAGAUGGAGCUGUCGGAGGUGCGGUGCUCCAGCGCCAGCGAGGAUCUGUACACCAUCAACCCCAGCAGACCCAAGCGGCUGCUGUGGCAGAACGCCGUGCGGCACAUCACGGAGCAGAGGUUCAUUCACGAGCAGGGCGGGGAGGUGGAGGUGAAGCACGAGCCCUACGACCCGCAGGAGAAGGCCCGCACCUCGGUGGGUGGGCACAACAACGGGGGCACCAAAGUGUUCCCGGCGCGCGCCAGCAGCGACCUGGGCUUCCUGCAGAUCGACUGCGCUCCCAGUAACUCAGACUUCUUCCUGAACUGGGGCUACACGUAUCGGGGGGUCAUCUUCCCCACGCUGCGCAACGCCUUCAAAUCCCGAGACCUCGAGCGUCUCUACCAGCGCUACUUCCUCGGGCAACGACGUAAAUCUGUGGUGGUGAUGAACAUCCUGGACAUAGUGACGAAGAUCACUCUGCUGGUCCUCCACCUCACGCUCGCCUCCUCCCCCAUGGACCCCAUUAAAGGCACCCUUCUGGGGCUUUUCACGGGUAUUGAGGCGGUGAUUUGCGCGCUCGUGGUGGUGCGUAAAGACUCCACGUCGCACGCGUACCUGCAGUGGAGCGGCGCCCUCAGCUGGAUGGUGAUGGUACUGCAGAUGCUGGCGGCGGGGCUGGGUUUCGGGCUCCUGGGGGACGGCGUGGGGUACGUCCUCUUCACGCUGUUCGCCACCUACAGCAUGCUGCCGCUGCCCCUCACCUGGGCCAUCACCGCCGGGCUCACGACCUCCGCCCUGCACAUCCUGGUGCAGACGCUCACCUCCCACAAUGCACCGCUCUCCUCCAACCAGGUAAGGCUCCAGCGCAAAUUGUUCUUACUGCACGUCGCCAUUCAAACCUCCAGUCACGACUUGUUUAACGUAGGUUUGACUGUGUAA